CCAACCAAAAUGUAAAUUAAGCGUUAUCCAUAAAGUAGGAGAAUUUUAUAUACAAAAAUAUUUAAAUUUCUCAAACAUCAAUUUGCGAUAAAUAUUAGAGAGGAAAUAGGAAGAUCUUUUAUUAUCUCCAAUUUAUCAUUUUACCUUUCUCAAUUGACCAAGGAAAGAAAAUUCUUAAGAGAGGAGUUAUUACUUAUUUCCAUUCUGUCUUUCUCAACUUCAAAUACCAAUUAUUUGAUCACAGUUUAAUGAAAGUUAAGAAAAAUGGGUUGUGGUAAAUCAAAACAUGCAGUUGCCACCACAGAGUCGUUUUCGUCUCGCAAGAAACUAAAAGCAAGCAGUAGCAAGAAGGUUCAAAAUGUGGAAGAACUAUGUGACACAAAAGCGACAAACGUAAAUGAGAAUAGCAACAAAAGUUGUAGGGAGACAUUGAAAGUUGAUACAGAGCAAGAAAUUGGGAUGAAUGCAAAUCAAGAAGAAAUUCUAACCACAAAAGGGAAACAAAUCAAUAUUUUCAUAAGUAAUUCAAAGUUGGAUUCACCAAUUGAAUUAAAAGAAAAACCCGAAAAUAAAGAUAUAUUGGUUUCUGAAAAAGUGGUUCCAAAUAGAGAAAGUGAAGGAAAUGAUAUAGAAUUAUCUAUGGGAUCUCACGAAGAAAAAUUGAUUGCUAAUGAGAUAAAGACUAAUAAGAAUUUGUCACCACAACAUGAAUCCAUUCAGAUAUUUCCUUCAAAUGAAGAAGAGAAGCAUGAUAUCAUUGUUGAUAAUGAGUUGAAUAACAACACAAAAGUAGAUGGUAAUCUAUCCCCACAACAUGAAUACAUUGUUAAGAUUGUUUCAGACGAAGAAGAGAAGGAAGAUAAGUCUAUUGAUGCAGACAAUGAGUUAAACAACAAAAAAGAGUGUAAAAGUUCAUCUCCGGAAUUUGAACGCAUUGAGAAUUCUUUAGACGGGGAAGAGAAACAUGAUAAGCCUAUUAAGGGAGACAAUGACUUAAACAACAAAACAACGUUUGAUGAGAAUUUAUUCCCAGGACAUGAAUCCAUUGAGAAUUUUUCUUUAAACGAGGAAGAAAAAUUAGAUAAUCUGGUUGAGGGAUACGAUGACACAAACAACAAAGAGGAAGAGAAAAACGAAGAUGGUAUUCUUGAAAAUAUAAAUGAGGUCAGUGAAGAAGUAAAAGAUGAUAGUGCCUCAAAUGAAUCAGAAACAAAGCCUAACGAUGGGGAAGAGAAUGUUAUGGCUGCCAUGGUAUCACAAACUAAACAAACUUAAGUUUAAAUUUACUCUUAAUUUCUCCUCUAUUUAUAAUGUAAUUAAGAUUCUAAAUAAACAUGGUGUUCCACUUAAUAUUGGUAUUCAAUAGUGUAACUAUUUUCUUAUCAUGAUAGAGUUUGUAUACAUUAUUUUUAAUACAUAUUAUCAAUAAGAAAAAUAUGUUGACUGGAAAAAAAAGUAUUUUCUUUGGUAGGAAAAGUGAGUUGAUAUUACAAAAUAAUUAUUUAAGACAGAACCUAGUAUGCAUUAGCAUGUCGAUCAAUAAAAUUGUGAAAGUAGAUGAUUAUUUAAGUUAUGUGUAAAUAUUUUCUUUGAAUCUUGUUUUUAUAUUAUACUAUGUAUUAAUUAUUUUAUA